AUGUCAUGCUCCAAUCAGAAAGGUGGUGGAGUCUGGGUCAGCACACCUGCCAGCAUGGACACUGGGAGGAAGGAAAAUGAAGACACAUGCAUCAAGCUUUUCUCUGAUUCUGCAAAGAACGCCAAGGAGCAAGCUGUAUUUUUGAAUGAUGAGGAUCUGGAGGUGCAACAACUUUUCAAGGAGGACCCAAAGGCAUUUAUUAAACCAGUUUCAACCUGUUUUGGCACGCUCAUGAAAAAAUACAAUGAGUUCAACAAGGAACUCAAGCAGUCAGGAGCUGGAAAGACAUAUGCAGAGCUGCAAGAGGAUCUGCAGAUGAACUCAUUGAUCAAUGACUUGGAAAAUUUCCCUGGUGGCCUGACCUUCACAGCUGGUGGCAGACAAACCCAGCUUUCAAUUACACAUUCUCUACAGCAGAUGCAGGGCAAGAUUUCACAGUCCACUGCAUUGGAAGAUUUUAAUGUUCCCAAGCAAUCACAACCACCAGCUACAGGUGAUGAUGAUGUUCAUAUGGAUGACGAUCCUGAAGAUGGAGAAAUAGUUGAGAUUAGGAAUCACACUAAAGAUGAUAUGAUGGUUGACCAGUCCCCCCACAUGGAAUCAUUUGAAUCACAAUCCUCACCACCAUCACCGCUGUUACCUCCGGACCAUAGUCCUAGUGACACACCUAGCUCAUUCUCACUAGCUCCAUUGCCAUGCUGGACCCCAACUCCCUCCCAUCUCAACUUCUAA